ACACCUGACGCCCAAACCGAUAUUUCGAUUCAUAAUUUCUAAGGUUUUUACGUUUAAGCGUUAGCUGUGUACAUGUAGUCUCUCCCGUAACCUGUCUGCUAGGAAAUAGCAAUCAUUCUCCAGCCGUGAUCUUGUGAAUGUAACAUAACGUUAAUAUAUUGCAUCAGUUUGACAGCUUGACAGUAUGAAGAUCAACUCGUGUGUGUCCAGCUACUGCUAACGUUAGCUGGCUUGCUACCUAACGCAAAACCAACAACCAUAAAAGAAGCCCUUGUGAAAUGGGAGGAGAAGGCAGGAGAGAAGGUGGGGGAGGCGAAAGCAGUCAAGCUGUAUGGUCAGAUUCCUCCUAUUGAGAAGAUGGAUGCUUCUCUCUCCACCCUCAUCAACUGCGAGAAAUUGUCCCUGUCUACAAACUGCAUUGAGAAAAUUGCCAACUUGAAUGGCCUCAAAAACCUACGGAUAUUAUCACUAGGGCGAAACAACAUCAAAAAUCUAAACGGACUGGAGGCUGUUGGUGACACGCUAGAGGAACUGUGGAUUUCCUACAACCUGAUAGAGAAGCUAAAAGGAAUUCAUGUUAUGAAGAAGCUCAAGGUCCUCUACAUGUCUAACAACCUAGUCAAGGAGUGGGCUGAGUUCGUGAAGCUAGCUGACCUUCCAUCCUUAGUGGACAUGGUGUUUGUUGGAAACCCCCUGGAGGAGAAGUACUCCGCUGAGGGGAACUGGCUAGAAGAGGCCACCAAGAGGCUGCCCAAGCUGAAGAAACUAGAUGGGAACCCAGUGAUCAAGGCGGAUGAUGAUGACGAGGGAGACAGUUAACACAUUCUAUUUAAUCUCUUACAGUUUACAGAUUGUUGUUUUUAAAAUAUUUUUAUUGAAAUGGUUUCUAUACCAGCAUCAUUGAGAAUCAAUCCACCAGGCAAUAUCCUAUUAUCCUAUUUGAUCUCUUUUUAGAUGUUGAAUAAGCUCAUUCCACUGGUUGGGAGAUGACCUCUCAUAGAAGCACAUUAAUGAAACUUUUACAGCUCCAUGGAUUUCAUGAAAUAAAAAGUAAUACGAAAGAGGUAAUACAGUUAAUGUUUGAUGUAUGUACAGUGGGGGCAAAAAAGCAUUGUCAACCAUCAAUUGUGCAAGUUCUUCCACUUAAAAAUAUGACAGAGGCCUGUAAUUUUAAUCAUAGGUACACUUCAACUAUGACAGACAAAAUGAGAAAAAAAAAUCCAGAAAAUCACAUUGCAGGAUUUUAAAAUUAAUUUAUUUGCAAAUUAUGGUGGAAAAUACGUAUUUGGUCAAUAACAAAAGUUUAUCUCAAUACUUUGUUAUAUACCCUUAAUUGGCAAUGACAGAGGUCAAAUGUUUUCUGUAAGUCUUCACAAGGUUUUCACACACUGUUGCUGGUAUUUUGGCCCAUUCCUCCAUGCAGAUCUCCUCUAGAGCAGUGAUGUUUUGGGGCUGUUGCUGGGCAACACAGACUUUCAACUCCCUCCAAAGAUUUUCUAUGGGGUUGAGAUCUAGAGACUGAGAUCUAGAGACUUGGGAUCAUUGUCAUGCUGAAAGACCCAGCCACGUUUCAUCUUCAAUGCCCUUGCUUUUCACUCAAAAUCUCACGAUACAUGGCCCCAUUCAUUCUUUCCUUUACACGGAUCAGUUGUCCUGGUCCCUUUGCAGAAAAACAGCCCCAAAGCAUGAUGUUUCCACCCCCAUGAUCCACAGUAGGUAUGGUGUUCUUUGGAUGCAACUCAGCAUUCUUUGUCCUCCAAACACGACGAGUUGAGUUUUUACCAAAAAGUUAUAUUUUGGUUUCUUCUGACCAUAUGACUUUCUUCCAAUCUUCUUCUGGAUCAUCCAAAUGCUCUCUAGCAAACUUCAGAUGGGCCUGGACAUGUACUGGCUUAAGCAGGGGGACACGUCUGGCACUGCAGGAUUUGAGUCCCUGGCUGUGUAGUGUGUUACUGAUGGUAGGCUUUGUUACUUUGGUCCCAGCUCUCUGCAGGUCAUUCACUAGGUCCCCCCGUGUGGUUCUGGGAUUUUUGCUCACCGUUCUUGUGAUCAUUUUGACCCCACGGGGUGAGAUCUUGCGUGGAGCCCCAGAUUGAGGGAGAUUAUCAAUGGUCUUGUAUGUCUUCCAUUUCCUAAUAAUUGCUCCCACAGUUGAUUUCUUCAAACCAAGCUGUUUACCUAUUGCAGAUUCAGUCUUCCCAGCCUGGUGCAGGUCUACAAUUUUGUUUCUAGUGUCCAUUGACAGCUCUUUUGUCUUGGCCAUAGUGGAGUUUGGAGUGUGACUGUUGAGGUUGUGGACAGGUGUCUUUUAUACUGAUAACAAGUUCAAACAGGUGCCAUUAAUACAGGUAACAAGUGGAGGACAGAGGAGCCUCUUAAAGAAGUUGUUACAGGUCUGUGAGAGCCAGAAAUCUUGCUUGUUUGUAGGUGACCAAAUGUGUAUUUUCCACCAUAAUUUGCAAAUAAAUUCAUUAAAAAUCCUACAAUGUGAUUUUCUGUUUUUUUUCUUCUAAUUUUAUCUGUCAUAGUUGAAGUGUACCUAUGAUGAAAAUUACAGGCCUCUCAUCUUUUUAAGUGGGAGAACAUGCACAAUUGGUGGCUGACUAAAUACUUUUUUGCCCCACUGUAUGUCACUGUUGCACUUAUGAAACAGCCUCCUCUGAGGUAACUACACAAACAUUCUAAAAGGUACAUGCCCAUUGGUCUUGUCUAUAAGCUGGCUCUCUAGCCUGGGGACAAGGUUACAUUCCCAUUCGUGAGCAAGACAUUUUGUAUUUAUUUUUAAGCAACCAACCAAGGCGGGCUAUGAUGCCCUGCUCCAAAAAGCACAUUUACAUUUUUGUAUGGGUGCUGAUGGUCUUAUUGUCUCACGAUUCCUGACUCGCACUCGGCUUGCAUGCAUCAAGGACCUCACACUCGGCUUGAAUGCAUAAAGGACCUCACUCGGCUUGCAUGCAUCAAGGACCUCACACUCGGCUUGAAUGCAUAAAGGACCUCUCACUCGGCUUGCAUGCAUCAAGGACCUCUCACUCGGCUUGCAUGCAUCAAGGACCUCUCACUCGGCUUGCAUGCAUCAAGGACCUCUCACUCGGCUUGCAUGCAUCAAGGACCUCUCACUCGGCUUGCAUGCAUAAAGGACCUCUCACUCGGCUUGCAUGCAUAAAGGACCUCUCACUCGGCUUGCAUGCAUCAAGGACCUCCCACUCGGCUUGCAUGCAUCAAGGACCUCUCACUCGGCUUACAUGCAUAAAGGACCUCUCACUCGGCUUGCAUGCAUAAAGGACCUCUCACUCGGCUUGCAUGCAUAAAGGACCUCGCACUCGGCUUGCAUGCAUCAAGGACCUCUCACUCGGCUUGCAUGCAUAAAGGACCUCUCACUCGGCUUGCAUGCAUAAAGGACCUCUCACUCGGCUUGCAUGCAUAAAGGACCUCGCACUCGGCUUGCAUGCAUAAAGGACCUCGCACUCGGCUUGCAUGCAUAAAGGACCUCUCACUCGGCUUGCAUGCAUAAAGGACCUCGCACUCGGCUUGCAUGCAUAAAGGACCUCUCACUCGGCUUGCAUGCAUAAAGGACCUCGCACUCGGCUUGCAUGCAUAAAGGACCUCGCACUCGGCCUGCAUGCAUAAAGGACCUCGCACUCUGCUUGCAUGCAUAAAGGACCUCGCACUCUGCUUGCAUGCAUAAAGGACGUUAGUUUCGAGCCUGUAUGAAGCCUUGAAGGAGGAAUAUGAGGUUGCACACAAAAUGGGGUGAAUUUGAAGUGUUUUCUGUGCAUGGAUGAAUACUGUAUUUUAAAAAGAUGGAAGAACUGAAUAUAUAUAUAUUUAGCUCUAGUCUUAGCUAAUAGCACUUUUUUCUUCUUAAGUUUGUAUAUUAUUAGGCAUGUUUUGUAUAAAAUAAAUAUAUACCGAGA